CAAAAACAGUCACACUGCUAUAAAAUUUUAGUAACAACUCAGCUUGUUCGUUACAUUAUUUAAUAUUUGCACUUGCAUUCGUCGCCUCGUCCAGAUAUAAACCCGUGCUUAACUCCGCCGACUUUCCGCCCCGAUAAAAGUUAAAACCGAGAAGAUGCAGCGCGCUGGCCUCCUGGCCAUUUUGGCACUCUUCUGUGCCUUCGGCUGCUUUGCCGCUGCCACGCCCCUUGUGGGAUCCAGCAAAUGCACCUGGGGGCCCUCGUAUUGGUGCGACAGUCUCAGCAAUUCCAAGGAAUGCCGUGCCACCCGCCAUUGUAUUCAAACCGUGUGGGAGACCCGUGAGGUGCCCGUAGAUACAGAUUCGAUCUGUCAGAUAUGCAAGCACAUGGUCACGCAGGCACGCGACCAACUGAAGAGCAACGAGACCGAGGAGGAACUCAAAGAGGUCUUUGAGGGCUCCUGCAAGCUGCUGCCUGUUAAGGUUGUGCAAAAGGAGUGCAUCAAGUUGGCCGAUGAUUUCCUGCCCGAGUUGGUUGAGGCCUUGGCUUCCCAAAUGAACCCAGAUCAAGUUUGCUCUGUGGCCGGACUUUGCAACAGUGCCCGCAUAGAUGAGCUGAUGAAGAAGGCCUAUCAGGCGGUCCUCGACGGUACUUUCAAGGAUGAGGACUUCGACGACAGCUCUAAGGAGACCGAGGUGUCCCUGAAGCCCAAUCAACUGUCCUGCGGCAACUGCAACCUGCUCUCCCGCAUGAUGCAGUCGAAAUUCGCUGCCUACAAUCGCGAUGACAUGGUGGAGCAGUUCCUCCAUGUGUGUGGUUCUCUCUCCAGCUUCUCGGAUGCCUGUGCCAACAUUGUGCUGACCUACUUCAACGAUAUUUACGAUCAUCUCAGCAAGCACUUGGACACCGAUGCCGUCUGCCAUGUGUCGGGAGUGUGCGCCUCCAAGUACCAUCAGCAUGAGGAGGAUAAGCAGAAGCCCCAGGAGGCUUUGGUUGCUCUGGAUGCCGGCGAUGACAUUCCCUGUGAGCUGUGCGAGCAGCUGGUGAAGCACCUGCGCGAUGUUUUGGUGGCCAACACCACGGAGACGGAGUUUAAGCAGGUUCUGGAGGGAUUCUGCAAGCAGUCGCGUGGAUUUAAGGAUGAGUGCAUCAGCAUUGUGGACCAGUAUUACGAUGUGAUUUACCAGACGCUGACCAACAAGCUGGAUGCCAAUGGAGCCUGUUGCAUGAUUGGUAUUUGCCAGAGGAACUCUGCGCAGAAGGAUGCUCCUAUUAUGCCCCUGCUGCCUGCCAUUGAGCCCGCCCAGGUAAAGAUCACCAUCGAGAAGCUGGAGAAGCACGAGCGCAAGCAGCUGGGUGCCAAUGAGCCCAAGUUCACCCAGCAGCAGAUCCAGGACAUGCAGCUGCCCAUCGAUCACCUGAUGGGUGCCCAGAACCCCGGCUCCCUAGUUAAUGGUGGCGAGCUUUGCACCAUUUGCGAGUACCUGCUGCACUUCAUCCAGGAGACCUUGGCCACCCCGUCCACCGAUGACGAGAUCAAGCACACCGUGGAGAAUAUUUGCAGCAAACUGCCCCAGGGUGUGGCCGGUCAGUGCCGCAACUUUGUGGAGAUGUACGGCGAUGUGGUGAUUGCCCUGCUCGUCCAGGGACUGAACCCGCGCAGCGUGUGCCCCAUGAUGCAGAUGUGCCCGCAUAAUCUGCCCAAGAGCGAGGACGUGGAGGUGUUCCACCCAAAGCCCGUCAACGAUGAGCAGGAUGCGCCCACCUGCCCCUUGUGCCUCUUCGCCGUGGAGCAGGCCCAGGCCAAGAUCCGUGACAACAAGUCCAAGGACAACAUCAAGAAGGUUCUGGAUGGCCUGUGCACUCACCUGCACAACAAGCUCAAGGGCGAGUGCGUGGACUUCGUGGAAACCUACUCCAACGAGCUGAUCGACAUGCUGAUCACCGACUUCAAACCCCAGGAGAUUUGCGUGCAGCUUAAGCUUUGCCCCAAGUCCAAGGACACGCUUGCCGACAUGGGCAUUAGUCUGGAGGAUGAGAUUGAUGGCGAGGACACCUCCAGCAGCGAGGAGGAGGGCGACCAUUUCAACGAUAUCGAAACUUUGGGUGAACUGCCGCCUCAGCUCGCCUUCGAUGAAGGCUUGAAGGCCGCACCAAAUUGCCUGAUCUGUGAGGAGCUGGUGAAGACCGUCGAGAAGAAGAUGGGCAAGCAUCCCACGCGGGAGAGCAUCAAGAAGAUCCUGGACCAGGAUUGCGACAAGUUGAGGAAGCCCGUGUCCGCCAAGUGCCACAAGAUUGUUGAGAAAUACGGCGACACCAUUGCCGAUCUGCUGCUCAAGGAGAUGGACCCCAAGCUGAUUUGCACCGAGCUGGGACUGUGCCUGAUCGCCGACAUGGAUGACUUGGAAAUGGACGAGGCUUUGAAGUACGAUGUGAUUGCCCUGCCCCACAAGAACGAAGAGGUCAAGGAGCCGCCCACUUGCGUGCUGUGCGAGUUCAUCAUGACCAAGCUGGAGGCCGACCUGAAGAACAAGACCGAGCAGGAUGACAUCAAGCGGGCUAUAUUGGCAGUGUGCGACCGCCUGCCAGCCACUAUUCGCAAGCAGUGCGACACCUUUGUCGAGGGUUAUGCCUCUGCGGUCAUCGAUCUGCUGAGCAAGGUGCCGCCCAAGGAGGUGUGCCAGAAGCUGCAGCUCUGCUUUAGUCUAGCCAUCACCGACGAGGUGGUGGAAUGCGGCGUAUGUCAUGGCAUCACCCAGGUGCUGUUGCCAUACCUGCGCGAAGAGGAGAACAAGGAGGCCACAGCCCUGCAGAUGACAUCGACGGCCUGCGAGAACUUGCCAGCCAAGUACUACAAGAUUUGCUCUGAGAUGAUCUCCAUUUAUGGCAACAGCAUCAAGAACCUGGCCAAGCGCUCCUAUGUGGACCAGGCUCAUGUGUGUGCCGAAAUUGGCAAGUGCUUUGACAGCGAGAGGUCUUCGCUGGCCUUUGCCAGGCUUACAGCCUAAAAUCGUCGUUCAAUUGAGUGAUUUGUUGUGAUGCGUGCAAGAGACAAGGAGUAGAGGGAUUAGGAAGAGGAGGAGAAGGAGGCGGCCCACGCUUUAUAUAUCGCAUAUACCUUUUACAUAUAUCUGUUUAUACAUUCUUUAACGAUUUACUGUAAAUGAACGACCAUUACUUACCUUUGUUUCCGUACCCUGUUUUGGCUAUAAAUUUUUUAGGAGAAUUUGUGAUGAAACUGAUUUUUAACCGGGCUGAAAAUAAAGUGAAACUUAACUGAAACGAAAAACUAAAAUUAACCCUAAGCAGUAACCCUAAAUCGUACUACAAAUUAGCGAAAUCAAAAGCCACUAACUUUGUAUGUCAGUCAGUUAAGCAGUGUGUGUAGUUUAAGUAUAUCAAAGAAAACUGUGUAAAAUACAAACAUUGAUCUUAUAUAAAUCAUAAAGAAAAUCUAAACAUAAA